UUGGACAGCCGCACUGGACGUCCCUGCAGGUUCUGAAAAUAACAAAGAAAUCCACACAUCCGAUGGCCACCCCCAGUGGAAGAGAAGAUUCCAGCUCCCAGACACCAGGUCAUGGGAAGCAGGGCAGUGGAGACUGCGUGGAGCAGCUGGACCACCCGGAGAAGCUGGAGGUGAAGUUGCCAGACCAGAGUGCCAUGUGGAAGAAAGCACAGGAAUUCUUCCAGACCUGUGACUCCGAGGGCAAGGGCUUCAUUGCCAGGACAGACAUGCAGAGGCUGCAUCAGGAGUUGCCCCUAAGUCUAGAAGAAUUGGAAGAUGUGUUUGACGCCCUGGAUGCUGAUGGCAAUGGCUUUCUGACCCCAGAAGAGUUCACCACUGGAUUUAGUCACUUCUUCUUCAGUCAAAAUAUCCAAGGAGAGGAAGAAGCUGACCAGCAGGUGGCCCAGCUCCCAGAGGAGAAAGUGUAUCAGUCUAGAGGGGAGGAGGAUGUGGGAGACAUGGACCAUGAUGAAGAAGCACAAUUUCAGAUGCUGAUGGACAGACUUGGAGCCCAGAAAGUUCUGGAAGAUGAAAGUGACGUCAGGCAGCUGUGGCUGCAGCUGAGGAAGGAUGAGCCCCACCUGCUGUCCAACUUCGAAGACCUCCUCACCACAAUCUUCGCUCAGCUCCAAGAAGCCCAUGAGCAGAAGAAUGAACUGGAAUGUGCCCUCAGAAAGAAAAUUGCUGCUUACGAUGAAGAAAUCCAGCAUCUCUAUGAGGAGAUGGAGCAGCAGAUCAAAAGUGAACGGGAGCAGUUCCUCCUGAAAGACACAGAGAGAUUCCAGGCUCGCAGCCGGGAGUUGGAAAAGAAGCUGAGCGCCAAGGAGCAGGAGCUGGAACGACUCAAUCAGAAGCAGAAGAAGCUGGAAGGCCAGUGUGCAGCUCUACACAACGACAAGCACGAAACCAAGGCUGAGAACAGCAAACUGAGACUCACUAACCAGGAGCUGGCCCGGGAGUUAGAGCGCACCUCUCACCAACUCCAGGAAGCCCAGCAGCAGCUGGAGAGCCUCCAGAGAGAGGCUUGCGAGCUGCAGCAGGAGAAGGAGAUGGAAGUGUACCGAGUGACUGAAAGCCUGCAGCGGGAGAAGUCUGGCCUCCUGAAGCAGCUGGAUUUCCUAAGGGAAAGGAACAAACAUCUCCGGGAUGAACGGGACAUAACUUUCCAGAAAGAUAAGGCGGCCAAGGCAAACACAGCUGCUUCCAAGGCAAGCAGGAAGCAAAGAUCUGGCUCUGUGAUUGGCAAAUAUGUGGAUGGCAGGGGAAUUCUCAGGAGCCAGUCAGAGGAGGAGGAAGACGUAUUCAGCGCCCCUAGGAGGAGAAGCUCAGUGGGUCUGAGUGCAUAUCUCCAGGCAGAAGAGGAACUGGGAACUGGGGAGCCAGGGUCUGGUGUUCCACGUCGCCAGGCACUCCGAAGGAUCAUCUCCAUUGAGGAAGAUCCCCUGCCUCAGCUCCUGGAAGGAGGCUUUGAGAAGCCACUGAGCAGAUGCCCAGAAGAGGAGGAGGUCUCUGACCAGGGAACAGAAGGACAAAGCGUGGCAGCCCCAGUCUUGGAUCUCAUCCCUACCUCUCCCCGAGGGCAGCCUGUCGGAAAAGAGACACUCUACAAGGAGGAAAGGGCCCCCUCUACCCCUGACCGGCUCUUUAAGAUCGUGUUUGUGGGUGACUCUGCUGUAGGGAAGACAUCCUUCCUGAGAAGACUCUGUGAGGCCCGCUUCUCCCCAGGCAUGGCGGCCACUGUGGGCAUCGACUACCGAGUGAAGACAGUCACUGUGGACAACGCGCAGGUGGCCUUGCAGCUGUGGGAUACUGCUGGGCAGGAGAGAUAUCGCUGUAUCAGUCAGCAGUUCUUCAGAAAGGCCGACGGUGUGGCUGUUAUGUAUGACCUCACAGCCAAGCAGUCCUUCCUGUCGAUCCGCCAGUGGCUCAGCAGCGUGGAGGAAGCUGUGGGAGACCGAAUUCCUGUUCUGCUGCUGGGCAAUAAACUUGACAAUGAGAAGGAGCGGGAAGUGCCCCGGGGUCUGGGAGAGCAACUCGCCAAGGAGAACAAUUUGAUCUUCUAUGAAUGCAGCGCCUGUUCAGGUCACAACGCCCAAGAGUCCCUGCUCCACCUGGCCAGGUUACUCAAGGAGCAAGAGGACACAGUGAGAAAGGACACCAUUCAGGUUGGCCCCCCUGCGAAGAAGAAAUCCUGUUGUGGCUGACAGUAGUCUCCCACCCCCAGCCAGCCUGCCCAUGCCCAUGGUCACCUUCAGCCAGCAGCCCUUCAAAGCCCAAGGUCACGUGGUUGCUUGAAUCAGCACUUGGGCUCCUAUGCAGCAACACCUGGCAAGGCCCACUCUGGCUUGCCCUUGUUGGCGACUUGCCUCCCCUAAUGGAAGGAAGCACCUAAAGCCAGGAAGGCUGCUUUUUCUGUAUCUUGAAAUCUGUUCCCCUUUCUCUUCUACACCCCAAUACCCACUCCUUUCCACCCCCCCUCCAAUGUGGUUUUCUGAAAGAAAGGAGCAGAUGGGCUUUUCCAGAAAAGUCACCACGUGCCUUCUCCACCUCCCUUCUCCUCUCUCCAUGCCCUCAGGAGGCUCUGUGCUGUGGUUGCCAUGGCAACUGUGCAGGGGCAACUUGCUGCUUCUUGAAGGCCAAAGAUGUACCA